AUGAAAAAGAUUAAUGAUAAUAAGAGUUCUGGCGGAAGAGUUGAAUUAGAAGUGAAUGAUGUUAAUGAGAAAUUAGAUAGUAAGGCAGAAAAAAAUGAGCUUUUAGCUCUGAGUGAUAGAGUCACGAACCAUGUUCAUUAUAUAAGUUCAGAUGAACAGAUUAUAACGGAUUAUCAUGGAUAUUUAACACGAACUGAAGAAAGAGUGAAGACGAAAGAUGUUAAUGAAAGAAGAUAUAAAUACAUUCGUGCUGAAGGUUAUGACAUACGCUGUACUGUACAGUAUGACACAGGUAAAGCACCAGAAGCAUUUGGUUAUAACAAUGAAAUUUAUGCCUCUAGUUUCUUUGUUAACGGUGUAUUAGUUGAACCAAGAUUUAUGUUAAGAGUUAAGGCAAAAAUAACUUUUGAAGAUGCUAUUAAAAGUAAAGCUGACAAAGAUGAACUUGACGCAAUGAACAAAGUUUUGAAAUCUCAUAAACACGAUAUCUCCGAUAUAAAUGAACUUCAAGCUACAUUAAAUAGUAAAGCAGACAAAAAUCAUACGCAUGAAUCCUUCACUACUGUUAGAGCAGACGACAUAAUAUUGAACUAUACCCUUGGUUCAAGUGCACCUUUAGAAAAUCCAAGUACAAGCGUAAAAGAUACACUAAACUCCUUAAAUAACAAAUGUAUGAAUAUCGAAGGUCAUGCCAGAAACUUUGAAACAUAUGAACUACCAGCAAUGUUAGAUAAGAAAGCAGACAAAAAUCAUACACAUGAAUUCUUCACAACUAUUAGAGCUGAUGAGAUAAUAUUGAAUUGGGCUAUUGCUUCAUCAAGCACGGGUGAUGAAGAUAUGCGCACUAACCUAAGAAAUAUGGUUGUUGAUUUAGCCAAUAAAACCGACAAAAUAUAUGUAGAUGAAGAAUUAAAUCGUUAUGAUACAAAAGCAAUGAGUUAUACAGAAGAAGCAAAGGAAUGGGUAGAUGAAAAUUAUGCAAAGAAGUCGGAAGUAAAUGAUAAAAUUAAUGGAAAAGCUGAUAAAGAGCAUGUGCAUGAAGAAUUUCAAACAAUCAGGAUUAAAGAAAUUAAUGCAUACGUUGAAGAAGUAACAAAAACAGGAAGAGACGGUACACCUUUAGUUGAACAAAAUAUUUAUCCUCCUACUUUUCCUAAUGGUUUAAUAACAAACAAUAUAAAUAUUGUAGAUGGCGAUGGAUUUAUAAAUGUUAAACAUGAACUUCAAACAAUGAAGACUCAGAUUCUUGAAACCAUAUAUCCUAUCGGUGCUUUAUAUACAUCAAUGAAUUCAACAAAUCCGGCAAGUGUUUUAGGUUUUGGUACAUGGCAGCAAAUUGUAGAUAAAUUCUUAUACUGUGCUAAUUCAUCAAAUCAAACAGGUGCUUCAAAGAAAAUUUUAGAAGCAAACCUUCCACCGCAUAAGCAUACAGGAACUACAAACACAACAGGUAAUCAUUCACAUUCAAUAACAAAAAGAGGUCAUACAAAUCUUGCAGCAGGUUCGGAUAGACAGGGAAUGAAUAGAUAUGAUAUUUCAAGUGACCCAGUAGAUUCAAGCGCAGGUAUUUUCUGUGGAACCGCAGGAAAUCAUUCACACACUUUCACAACAAAUCCAACAGGUUCGGGUGCAGAUUAUAUGCCACCGUAUAUUACAGUUUAUGCAUGGGUUAGAACGGACUGA